ACUGGUCCAAUCCAAUGCCCAACACUGGGCAUACCAUACGAGAACUCAGCUAGGAUAGAAAAAGAGGAAUUAAACGAAGUUAAAUUAGACGAUGAGGUCCUUUCAGGACCUGAAAACAUUCCUAGUGAUUCUUCAGGAUUGUCUAACCAAUCCAGACUUCUGAUUUCUAUCUUACCUGAAGAUCCUAAAGAGAAACAAAAAUAUAUAAUUAGGUUAAUGCUAGAGCAAUUUCCUUCUCUAUAUUUAAGCGAUAGUAGUAAACGCAGUAAUUGA